ACUAAGUAGAAAGAAUAGCAAAGGGAAGGUAAAGAUCUCUUCAAUCAUCCUCUACUUUGAAUGUUCGAUAAAAAAAACACCAAGGUUGAUUUGAUUGAUAGGCUUAACGGCAGCCAUGGGAGGAGGUAAUAAGAGAAGAUCAAAUAACAACAACAACAGCCAUCAUAGAACUAAGAGUAGCAAAGGAAGAUCAAGAACGGACCCCAAAUCUUCAUCGUCUCGAAUCAGGAACUCUCUCUUUGUGGAGGGUGGUCUUUUAUCUGAUUGGCAGUUGGAUUCUCGAGGAAGGAAUAGAAAUGAGAAUUCAAAUUUGGGGUCGAAUUCUGAUAGGGCAAAGGCUUCUGCUUCUAAAAACGGAUCAUCAAGGAAGUCUGGUGGGAGUGCUAUAAGAUAUGAGUACCCUUCUCUCAAUCUUCAACAGGAUCCAGAAUCAGGUGUUCAUGAGUGCAAUGGAGAUAAAAAAAUGGAUGAGUCACACACUGUUGUUUUGUUUGAUUCAAAGGAGACCCAAAUUGUUGCUUACAUGGAUCAAACCACACCUCCAAAGCCCCACCAUGUAAAAUAUACUUAUGAAUACGAUUCAGAUUGUGUGCUAGGUGAUAGCUCUCAUAGAGGAUUGGGUUUUGGUGAUGAAUCUGAGGCAAACCCCAGAGGAAUUGAGUCAUCUACAAAGCAAAUAGAACAACAAGAGGGCGCAUGUUCUGAUUUAUCGUCCUCUGAGAAGGAAUUGGUUGCUGAUCAUGGUAAUAAUAGCAAGGUGGAUGCAGAGGUGACUGAGGAAUUGUUUGCUGAUGCAUCAUCCUCAAAGAAAAACUCGAAAAACUCAGGGUUUUUGUCAAUUGGAGGCAUGAAGUUGUAUACUCAAGAUAUGUCUGAUGGAGAAACUGAUGAGGACUAUGAUGGAGAAUCACUAGAUGAUGAAAGCUCUGAGACAACCGAUCAGGGGGAGCAAGACGGAGUGUAUGGGAGUGAUGCCUCUGAAAUUUUGUCUGAUGAUGACUCAGAUAUUGAUGAAGAGGUUGCAGAAGAUUACAUAGAAGGAAUUGGUGGGGGUGAUAGUGUUUUAGAUACCAAGUGGUUGGUAGGUCAGGCUUUGGAUGAAUCGAAUGAUGAUAGUUCUUCUAGCAGUUCUAUUAGUGAGACUUUAGAGAAGCUGGGUGGGAUUGCACUCCAAGAUGCGUCUAGGGAAUAUGGCAUGCAGAAGUAUCAGUCAAGAAAGAAAUACUCUGGGGUUGCUAAUGAUGUUUUGUCAUCAGCUUUGGAUGAUCUUAUGCUAGUGAAGGACCCAAGAACUGUAUCUGCGAAAAAGAAGCAUGUUGCCAGAUUUCCUCAGUCUUGGCCUUUGCAGGAACAAAAGAGUAAAAAUUCCAGAAGAUUUCCAGGUGAAAAGAAGAAAUAUCGUAAGGAAAUGAUUGCUGUGAAGCGUCGUGAAAGAAUGCUUCGCCGGGGAGUUGAUCUUGAGCAAAUAAAUUCGAAAUUAGAGCAGAUUGUUUUGGAUGGGGUUGAUAUGUUUGCUUUUCAACCCAUGCAUCAUCGAGAUUGUUCCCAGGUACAAAGAUUAGCUGCAAUUUAUCGCUUGUCCAGCGGCUGCCAAGGUUCUGGCAAGAAAAGGUUCGUGACAGUGACACGCACACAAUACACAUCCUUGCCAUCUUCCACCAACAAACUUCGCCUGGAAAAGCUAAUUGGAGCUGGCAAUGAGGAUGCAGACUUUGCUGUUAAUGAAGGCUUUAAUAGAAAGUCAGUGGCUGCAGGUAGAACAAAAGCAGAGAAGGUUGGUAAAGGGAGUGGCUUAAAGAAAGCCAAUUCAAGUUACAUUGGUGAAUUGAUUGAGAAAGAACGAAGUGGGAAAAAGGGUUCAUACGCAAAUCAACCUGUCUCAUUUGUAUCAAGUGGCCACAUGUCAUCAGAAACUGUUGAGGUCAGAACGAUGGAUCCUGAGGGUACAGCAGAAACUUGUGAACAUAAGGGUAUAGUCAGCUCAGCACAGUUUGGUGCAUUUGAGGUACACACCAAGGGUUUUGGAUCCAAAAUGAUGGCUAAAAUGGGAUUUGUCGAUGGUGGAGGUUUGGGAAAAGAUGGUCAAGGAAUGGCACGGCCUAUUGAAGUCAUACAGCGGCCUAAGUCACUUGGGUUGGGUGUUGAUUUCCCCAGCGCAAGUAGUGACUCAGACAUGGUUCAAAAUAUAUCCAGUCGAGCUUCUGAAAGGCGUACCAAAGGAUUUGGUAACUCAGCCAGGGGUCAGCAUAAAGGUUUUGGAGCUUUUGAAAAGCAUACCAAAGGUUUUGGAUCCAAGAUGAUGGCCAAGAUGGGUUUUGUUGAAGGAAUGGGCUUGGGUAAGGAUUCACAAGGCAUGGUGAAUCCUUUAGUUGCUGCUAGGCUCCCAAAAUCGCGAGGAUUGGGUGCUAAACAUUAGAUGUCAUGCCUUAAAUGAAUGUACAAGAGGCUAACAUUUGACUACUAACAGUUAUUCGGUCAGUUCCUUUAUCAUUUCCCUGGUUUAGGACCUGUUUUCAUUAGUUGGGGCUGUCAGGCCCUUCCAUUUCAAUUAGUUUAUAGGGUGGUGACACUGAAUAUCCAGGAUGUAUUGAUAGAAGCCACAAAUUAAAGUUGCAAAAGGCAUUAAAUGAAUGCCUGUAUGUGUUUGGAGCCCUUCAAGCCUUAUUUUUGGCGUGGUUGUGACUGGUGGGAGCUGUAAAGAAGUCUUGUUUUGAGUGCUUCCCCAUGUGACAAGACACAGUUCGAUCAGGAAAUGUGAAAAACACUGCCCCAUCCAAUCACGUAAACUUCCUUCUUUAA